CAACUUCCUUAACUGUCAAAAAACUUGUAUUGUUUUUUUUUGUAUUCAAAAAAAGAAAAAAGAAAAAUUUGUACAGAACAUUUUUGUGUUCCAAACAGUCGCUAAUUGAAAUUAUUUCAUCCAAGUAAUAUAAAAACCAGUGGAAAUAUUUAAUAUUUGCCUUUUUUUAUGGUGUAGUGAAUAUAAAUUAAUUUCUCUUAUAUAAAAGAAUCCCGGUCGUUGAUGUGUGUUUGCAUCAAAAUAAGGAAUUUACUUUAUUUUUUUCCAGUAAUUAGAAGUCAUGAGUGAAAAAAGAAAGAAAAGUGAUAGUCCAUUAUCGACAAAAUCCAGAUUUAAAUUGAAAACUAAAAGAACGAGUACUGAAGAUAAUAUGAUAAAUAAUGGAGAAACUACACCAAAACGUAAUGCUCACAGUACGCCGAUUAGAAAUUCAAAUAUUAUCACAAAUGGAGAUGAUUCUCCUGAAAUGUGUAAUCGAGCAAGUCCAAUUUCGAAUACACAAAAAAAUGAAGUACUUUGGAGUUGGCAUAGUCCAAAAGAUGAAAUAACGAAGAAAAAUGAUUUCAAAACACCAAAAAGGUCAUCAAAAUUACAAAAGCGACGUAUGCAAGACUCGCCAAAAAUGUAUGCCCUAUCAAGAGUACGUGCAAAAAUAAAAGAACCAAAUUUUAAUCAAGCAGAAUUUAUCGCAAAUUUCGAGCCAUUUCGUGUGAUUAUGACAAAUCAAAUGCUUACAAUUGAUAAAGAAACAGAACCAGUGCCAUCGACUAGUGAUGAGAAUUGUGAUGAAAGAUUAGAUGAUAAAUCAAAUGAAACAUCAAAUGACAAAUCAAGUGAAAAAUCAACAAAUAUAAAAAUCGACGAAGCAUCAACAACAAUGAAAGUCGAGGAGAAACAAUUAGAAAUAACGGACAAAAGUGAUUUAAAACUCGUCUAUCAUGAUGAUUAUAGUCUCGACGAAUCUCUUGUUCGUUGUAGUCAAAUGUGUGAAGAUGAAUUUUUCGCAAAAGUAGCGAACGAACAAAAAAUUGGCAAUUGUUCAACGCCAUUGAUAAGAAUUGAAGAAAAAGGUUCACACAUUCACAAUAGUCCAAUAACAGGUUUGGAGGAUUUAAUAAAAAUUCCCAUUGAAACGCCACGUAAAAAUGUCCAAAUGACAAGAACAAAAUUAACAACAAUAGCCGACGAUUCAUUCGACGAAUUUUUAUCGCAAUUAGAUGUUGAUCAUUUACCGAAAAAUGAAAGUCCAUUAGUGCGAAAUAAUAAAUCCCGUCUCAAUAGUUCAGCACCGAAAAAAUCACUAUUUCCAAAUACAAAUGAAACUGCUUGUAAAUUAGGUCUAGUGAAAUCGUGUUCAACAUUAGAUACAAAAAAAUUACUAAAUGAUAAAUUUUUACCAAAAACCAAAAGUUUUGAUUCACAGACAAAAAUUUAUCCCACUGCAAGUAAAAUUUCCUUCCACCAUCAUCAACAGCAGCAGCAGCAGCAACAGCAACAACAACAACGACAACAGCAACAACAACAACGACAACAACAACAACAACAACAACAAACGACUAAUCAUCAAAUAAUCGAAUCAUCGCCAAGAAAAUUUUUCAAAUCCAAAUGCAAUUCGGAACCACUUGCAAAAAGUCCCAAAUUAACAUCAAUUCCAGUCAACAAGAAUUCUUCCACCACUGUUCAAAUCCAAAAUGUCCCGAGUAAUGCUACGAAAAAACCAACUGGUAAGUCAUUUCAAUGCAAGAUUUUCUCGGAUUCAUAUUAUAGUCAAAGUAGCGGCAGCAAUAGCGGCGGCAGCAACAGUAGCAGCAAUUGUAAAUUUAUAUCAACCGAAAAUCGUCCACUAAAUAAUAACAUCAAUAAUAAUAUUAAUGUCAAUAAUAAUUUUUCAACAAUACCACUCUCCAAACACAGAUCGAUGGAUGGAUUUCAGAAUCGAUCCGAAAGGCCUUCUCAAGUCAUUUUCUUCACUGAACAGCAAAUCGAGAAAAAAAGACUGGAGGCAAAAAUGAAAUUGGAAGCAAAACGACGAAUGUUGAGUGCCAAUGUUCCAUCAUCGUCAUCAUCGUCAACAUCAUCGUUGUCGUCAUCGUCAUCUUCAUCAACGACAACAACGAGAACAUCGACGAUUACAAAAAUUUUACCAAGGACGUCUUCAAUAAAAAGAUGAAGAAUUUCUUUAUGUGUUUCCAAAAAAAAGAGACUGCCUAUUUUUUUAAAAUACAUAAUAAUGUAACAUGUCAAUGUUUCGUGUUCAAAAUGUGCGUUAAAAACUUAUUUUUUUAAUUUGUGAAAAGUUUAUUAAACAAUGUUAAAAAAGUCGGGAAGAGAGGAGAGUGUCUAAAAAAUUAAAAAAUAUAAUGAAAAAAAAUGCUCAAAAAACAAAGUUCGGUCAGUGAUUUUUUCGUGACGAAAUAAUUAUUAUUUUGCUUUUUGUUAAAAUUUCAUUUUUUUAAACGGUGAGAAAAGAAUUUGCUUUUAGUUAACAUUUUUUGAAAAAAAGGUCAGAAAAGAAUUUACUUCUUGUUAAAAUAUUUUUAAAAGAAAAGGCGAGAAAAGAAUUUUCUUUUUGUUAAUAUUUUUAUUUAAAUUAAGAAAAGAAUUCUUUUUUUUAUUGAAAUCUACUUGAUAACUAAACAGAAUUAACUGUUUAUUAUCGACAUUUAAUAAAAAGAAUUAUCGGCAAAUGGUAAAACAGAUAAUUCUGCUUUAUCGACAGACGGGAAAAUAGAUAAUAAUGUUGUUAUCAACAGAUGGUAAAAUAGUUUAGACUUUUCAUUAGUAGGUGAUAAAGUAGAUGAUAGUUUUAUUAAACAAUGGUAAAAUAGAUUAUGCUCUUUUAUCCACUGAUGGUAAAGUAAUUAAUCUCUCUUAUCAACUGAUGGUAAAGAAGUUUAUAUGCUUUUAACAUAAGUCGGUAAAAUUGAUUUUUUUCUUGCUUUAUCAAAAAGUUUUGGUAAAAUUAAUUCAAUUUUCAAAAAAAGGGUUAGAUUAAAAGAAUAAUGUCAGAUGUUUCAAAAAGUCGAUAAAUUAGAAUGACAGUUUUAACCAGAAUCGGUAGAACAGCUAUGACUUUUCGACAGUCGAUAAAACAGUUUAUUCCACCACUCUACUUUAUCGAUUAUAGGUAAAAAAUGUUUUCAUAAUCAAAACUCAUUUUUUUAUCGACUGUCGGUAAAAACACUUUCGCAGUCGGUAAAACUUUAUUUUGUCAAAUUUUUUUAAUAAAAAAUGCAUACAAUUUAUUACUAAUAAUUUCUUCUUCUUCGUCGAAACAUAAAAUUAGGGUUCAUGCGUUAAAAUUCAUUUAGGAUAUUAGAAAUUGAACGUACUAAAAAUUUUGUUAUAAUUUUAAUUGUCUGUUUACUAGUUUUUUUCGUUAAUUAACAGUGAAAAAAAAAUUAAAAAAAAAGAAAAAAAAUUAAAUGUAAAUAAUAUAGAAAUAAAUUAUGAAUUUCACUCUUAUUUUUUGCAAAAUAACUUCUAAAAGAAUUUUUAUUGAAAAUAAAUGUUAAAAACAUAGAUAUAAGAGAAAUGUAAAAGAAACCAGUUAAAAACAAAAGCAGUGAAAAAAUUAGAAAUAAGUUCUUGUCGAUUCGAGAAAUAAUAGUUUUUUUCUGUGUAUAUUACGUGAAUAAAACACGGCUGUGCCAUGACGUUUAUAUCAAAUUAAA